GCGGAGGGCGGGGGGGGUGAUCUUACGCCACGCUUGAGCAAUGUUCCGCGGGAUUCUUUGUGCGGUCACAAAGGCUUUUCCCGCUCGCUAAUGGACCGAUGGGGGGACGCGGCGGCGGCUUGCCAUGCUUGAAUCCCACCUCCGCGUCCCAGACCUUCUUGGUGACCGCUGCCAGUUCUACCGAGGACAAGUACCCUCCCCUCGCCCCCUGACCCCUCAACCAUCCAUCCCUGUCGUCCCUGGUCCAUACCUCUGGCUUCUCGAGUGUUCUUCCCCCCUGCUGACGCCUAAAUGAUCUCCUGGACUUCCUCACUCCUUCACCGUCGUCCUCUGGACCCGUCCACAUUCCAGAAUGUUGCAUCACCGUGGUUGAUCCCCCUUUCACUCUCCCGUAACCGACCCUCCUUCCAGUCUGCUGUCCUCUGACCCCCCCACCCCCCUACCCUGUUCACCCUCUUUUCCCCUAAACUCCCCCGCCCCCCACCCCCUUGACCAUGUCGCCAUGUGUCUGCUGGCUUCAGCCUGUCCUCAUGGUUCUGACGUCCGUGUUCUGGACCCGGGGGGAGAACUGCCCAGCCACCUGCCUGUGCCCGGACCCCCACACGGUGGACUGCAGCGGACGCGGGCUGACCCACCUCCCGGACGAGAUCCCCCUGGACGUCCGGCGGCUCCUGCUGUCUGACAAUUGGAUACCCCGGAUCCCCUCCGACUUUCUUGUUCUGUACAGCGACCUGGUCUACUUGGACUUGCGGAACAACACGCUCUCCUACAUUGAACCGGGGACCCUCAGCACGUCCUCCAGGCUGGUCUUCCUGGACCUCGGCAGCAACAACUUGACCGAAAUCCCCAAGGGCACGUUCGGGGAGUCCCGGAGCUUGAUCAAACUGCGACUGGGCAACAACCCCUACCUGAGCAUGGUGAGCGAGGAUGCCUUCCUGGGCCUCACGUCUCUCCGGGAACUGGAACUGGAGCGCAACGCGCUGUCCAGCCUCAAGGUGGGCGCGCUAAGUCAGCUGCCCUCCCUGCGGGUGGUGAGGCUGGAGGGCAACCCCUGGGUGUGCAACUGCAACUUUACCAGCUUGUUUGCUUGGCUCAUGGAGAACAGUCACAAGCUUCCCAACGGAGUGGAAGGCAUGGAGUGCUCGCUCCCGAUGGACGGGCGGCGCGUGUCCCUGACCCAGCUCUCCAAGGACAGCUUCCGCGAGUGCCAGGCCAGCCUGACUCUAACGGACCUGCUCAUCAUCAUUUUCUCGGGCAUCUCCGUGUCUGUGGUAGCCAUCAUGACCAGCUUCUUUCUGGCUUCCACCGUCCACUGCUUCCAGCGCUGGAGUAAAGGCUCCAAGGGCGACGAGGAGGAGAGCGAAGAGUGACGAGGAUGUACUUUUAUCAAGGGCUCGUCUGAUCCGGAUCUUUCUCACGUGACGGGCCGACAGAGGCGGGCCGCAGAUUUGCGCUGCUUCCUUCCUUCCCGGUGAACGUCGAGGAUUCUUUUACGGAAGGAGCUCAGCUCGGUACCGUUCUCGAUAUCUAAGUUCGCUAUUGUAUGAAAUGUCAAUCCUGAGUACCAGAUAACAUGAGCGGGCGGCUCAGCUCCACUCCAAAUGAUUUCACGUUUUUUUUUUUUUUUUUCAAGCAUAGCUGGCGUAGCGGUUUGCGUAGCCAACAGCAAACAGACGGACGAGGCUGUGUUCACACCUGUAGCUCGGUACUCUUGUCCUGACCAAAGUUUAGGGAAAAAAAAAAAAAACGGCAAUGGAUUUUUCUAGCGUUGGACCAAUUUUCACCAAACUCAAAUCGUCCAGACCGGCAAAGAUGUCAAAAAAAGCUUCAGAAAUAUUUUGGGGUCAUUUCACAGGGAAACGUGGGAAGUUUACGUUUUCAUUGUUUAUGUACAUAUAUGAUGGAAAACUAUAAUUCAGUAGUUCACAUAAAAAGUGACACCUGUAAAUUAUUCAUGAUUUUAUUUGAUCAUUAUAUCUUAGAGCAAAAAAAACAAAAAAAAAAACAAAUUUACAAGUUCAAGAAAUUACAUAACAAACGUUCAAAAUGAAAUGAACUAGGAAUUGGCUUCUGAAAAUUACAUUCCCAUGUUUCAUAAUUUAUACAGUUUCUAUUUUUGAAUUGAACGAAUGACAAAAAAAAAAAAAAAAAAAAACAUCUACAAUAUUCUAAUUUUGUCGAGAGGAACCUGGUCACAUGGUUUGCCUGCCUGCCCUUCCAAGUGAGUUUGCUGCAUGCACCACAUGCGCAGAUCCUCUACAUUCAUUGACGGGGCCAAUUUGUUAGCUGGGUAAUGAAGUGUUGCCCCCAUGAAUGAAAAUACAACUGACACUUGCUUUCUUCGUCUUUUGUGGGUUCCCACUUUUUUUUUCUUUAUUCUCGACCCCUUCAAUAUCCUGCAAACAAAGGCCAUACUCUGAAAGAGGCUGAAACUCGAGAAACGGGGUGAAGGGAAGCAAUCAUUCUUGAUCCUCGGCGUAUUUUGACAAAAUCCCGUCACAUGUCCUUGUAACAUGAAAGUAAAUACGGCUUCUGGAUGAGACACACCACAAAAGAAGAGUGUUGUUAACAAUCCUGCCAAAUUGGACCCGUUAACAUAAUGUGAAAGUAUUUACAGUCAACCGAGGUUGAAAAAUCAUGACGAAUCCAGGCGUUGUCUUCGCUCUCAAGCGAUGUUUGAAAUCACACCGGAAUCAAGAAUGGAUGCGACUUCGUCUCGCAUCUUUUUUAUGCCUACACAUCACUACGUGCUGGAGCUGCGACAAUACAGUACCGUUUAUCUGCUUAAAGCCUUCAGUUGGCCGGAAUAUACCCCGCCGAGUCGUCGCAGGGCUUUCCGCGCCGCCAUGAGAGGCGCUAGCCACUAGCUAGCUUGUGAGCUAGCAGACUCGGGCAUUGUCACCUCGACACAGUCACUUGAAAAUGCGGCCAUAACCACUGAUACGGACCAAUAGACUCAUACCAGAUGCCCAUUUGCGUCACUCGGUGUCGUUUUAGCUAUGCCCCCAAAAAUUUGAGAAAUGAAUUCAAUGCUAUCUCAAGUACUACAUAGUUCUGUCUUUGUGCAUGUUUUCAGACAUGUUUUUACGUCCGAAUCUCUGAAUUGAUUUUGACCUUGGAAGGGCUUCAAAUUGCUUGCGAAAUGCUCGUGUCCUCUAAGGCCGGUCUGUGCCUGUGGUCGAUGGUAACUGAACCCUAUAAGCCAACGGAGAGCACCUGCUCCAAAGAUCUCAGUCUGCUCGUUCGGUUCCGACGUUAGCCUUGUUACACUUGACCAAAACGAAGCGCACCGAUUUUGUUUUUGACCGGCCCAAACAAGUGUGAACACAACCUUCGCGAUCAACUUUUCUGAGGGUUACUGUGGCUCCGCGAGAUGAUCAUACGCUACGAAAUAUCCGAAAGAUGUCAUACAGACCGAUGACCUCAAUAUGUAUUCCCCGCUUCCCUGUACGACGACGCAUCCUGUCAUUUUACGCCGUCUGCUUUGCUACCAAAAAAAAAAAAGGACAUAAUACAACGGACAGGCAAAUUCCACAGUAUAUUAUAGAUACGAUGUAGUCAGACACUUGUAUGUGCACAACUAAAAGAAGCCUCAUCAUAUAAAUCCAGAGAAUAUACUCUUUCAUUACCUUGAUGUAGAAAGAUUAACUAGCUCUGAGUAUAAUCCUCACAAUUAGGGCAAAAAAUAAAUGUGGUAUUAUAAACGAAGAGUACCUGUACAACUAUCGUGUCAAUGAAUGCACUUUAAAUGAUGAAUCGAAUUAUGUGACAGCCCUAAUUACACCAUUCCAACUGGUUUUGUCCUCAUCUGCCAAAGAUCAUGUUGAAGUGAAGGGAGGCGUUGGGAUUUUUUUUUUUUUUUAUUUUGUGUAUCUAUUUUUCUAGUUUCAGCGUUUCAAACUCAAUGAGCCAUCGUUUUCACGUUUCGCCAGGCCCCCUGGGAACCCUUACGUCAGAGCCCCCAUAAUAACUAGUCGCUGAAUAAAUCAUCAUUACCGCGGGAAUUGCCCUUCUUGUCGUGCUUUUAAUGGUGUUCUUCCGAAGUAUCCCGCUAAUGAUUUUACAGGAGAGGUUUGAUUAACAAAAAAAAUAUGACAGCCGCAUUUUUCAUUUUGAUUGAAGGUGACCCGCACGCGUUAAUUGCAUUCCGUGCUGAGGAAUGGUCGAAACCGGGGAGGUGCGAAUAAAAAGAAGAGUAAUGUCACACUGGGAUGAGGAAUGGAAAGAAUAACAACAAUAAAAAAGACAAGAUAUGGGAUGCCCGUUUUGGGUGGUUGAGGAAGAACGUGUCGUGGUGACCUUGAGCGUGGCCAAACGAUUCCGAACAUGUCUGGCUAAAAGGAGAGCAGGAAUGAAAGAUUUAAAGCGGGCUACGUACAUUUACCGACAAUCGGGACAAAUUUCAUUAUUUUCCCGAUUUUCCAGA